AUGGCGCCGGCGGGCUCGGCAGCGGGGCCCUGGGAAGGCCGCGGGGGUCGCGCUCUCCAAGGCGUCAUCGCUGCUCGCCGGCGCUGGUCCCCGCACAAUAGAGGUGGCUUCCUUCGGAGGCGCCAGGCGAAACCGCCGAAAGGGGAGGGGAGGUUCCUCGACAUCGACUGAGAAUGCCUUCGGUCGCCAGCAUGCUAUGAGUAGAUUCCUUGCUGGGAACACCGUUUCAGACCAGACCUCACCUGAACCCGAUAGACUCGAAGAUUUCCGUCAAACGCAGAUCCUCUUCCUCCAAGGAAAACUUUCCGAAGCUCCUCUGCGGAAGCCCACGGUGCGGAGAUCCCAAGAGCCACAAACAUCCAUUCCACCGCCCCGUUCGAAUGUAUGGUACAGCUACAGGGAUCCCACCAGAAGACCUUCCUGUCAGGAUAGCCGGUCACCCUUUCCUCAGAAACCAAGUGACUCUGCAGCUUGUCCGGAGGGUGGAGUUGACCAACUCGUCUCCAACUUCCAGGGGCUGACCCUGAACACGCAGGGCGUUGAAAGGCACCUCCUGGAGACCUUGAGGGAUCUGAAAUCUGGGCAGACCGCUUGCCAACUGGCCUGCCAGCUGCGCCUCCAGACGAAAGUGGUCAACCAUCACCUCGACAAGCUCUGCCACCAAGGGCGGCUGAGUCGGUCGGAGGCGACCCCGCCAUUGUGGAGGCUAGCGGACGUCCGCGACUGCUUGGAAGCAAGCCGAGAGGGACGUCCGGCCAGCCAGGAGAAGGACUGCGGCCAUCUUCUCGACUUGGGGACCGAAGAAGACGACGAAGGAAGUUCCGCUUCUGACCAGGAGGACUCGGUCGGUUCCCCUGACAUGGCCGAAGUCAAGGAGAAGAUCUGCAGCUUCCUCUUCGGGGUGACAGACUCCACGGCGCUCAACCUGGCCAAGAACAUUGGCUUGACCAAAGCCAGGGAUGUCAACGCCACCCUCCUCGCCUUGGAGAAGCUGGGCGAGGUGCACAAGGAGAACGCCAGCCCUCCCCGGUGGUCCCUCACCGACAACAAGCGCAAACGGAUGCAGGUCAAGGUCAAAGCCGAGGAAGUCCGGCAGGCGGUCCCGCCGGACUCCGAGCCCCCGGCCCCGUGCCUCGAGCCGGAGGCCCCCGCCGAGGUGCCCUCCCCUCACCCUUCUCCCCCUCCGCCUCCGCUGCUGGAGAGCGAGGAGAAGAAAAUCGAGAACGGGCAGCAGGCCGCCGAGCCCAUCGAGCCGAGUGGCGGUGGGGGGGCCUGCCCUCCGUGGUGGAGCCCCUCGUGCAAGCGCUCCCGCUACCGCCGCUUCUCCCCUUAUGACCUUCUCGAGAGCAGCCACUGGGCCACCGACGACAUCCCCGAGGACCUGAAUGCCAUCAGCACCCAGGACGAGUCGAGAUACGUGAUGGAGUCCCCCCUGUACCCCAGCUACACCACCCAGUUGGACACGGCCUUCCAGUGCACCCCCUUGGAGAAGCUGGUGGCCUGCCAGAAGAAGAACCCGGUCAGCGGCCUGAUCGAGUACACGCAAUACAUGUACCAGCACUGCGAGUUCGUCUUGCUGAAGCAGAGCGGGCCGUCGCACGAGCCACGGUUUAAAUUCCAAGCCAAGAUUGACACCCGUCACUUCCCUCCAGCCGAAGCGGGCAGCAAAAAACUGGCCAAGCAGGAAGCGGCGGCCAUCGCCAUGAAAAUCCUUCUCCACGAAGCCCAGAACGAGGGGGAAGACAGCAUGAAGCUUGAAACGUCCCCCGAUGAGGACAACUCCCCCAAGGAGGAGGAGGAGGAGGAGGUGGUGGUG